CGGAUCAAAGCCACAAAUGCCCAUCCUCGAUUCUUUCGGUGGUAUUCCACCAUCCGGAAUCUUCCGCAUCUUCGUCUCAGUCGACGAUGAUUUUGCAAAUAAUUUAAAAAUAAUUGAACACGACGAGACGGAAAUCGUUUCUAAUUUAAUUAUUUUUGUCCGAAGAGGGAAUUUGGCGGAUAAAUCCUCAUCCGUCACGCAAGUUUUCCGAAGGUAUGGGCUGAGAGAACGGCGGUGGAUUAUGGCCAUCCUCGAGAGAAGAUUAUUUCUUCACGCGUAAACAACGAAAUUUUGCCAUACUUUUUUUUUUAAUUUAAAACUCAAUUAGAAUGUUUGUUUGUUUUUUUAUUGUGGAUUUUUUUUUUUGGAUCUUCUAAUCAUUCGGGGAAAGCCUAAUUUCUCGGAUUCGCUAAACGAAUAACGCGAAUUAACGCCGACCUACAUUCGGUCGUUUUCCCGCUCGACGGAGAAAGGGAAAAAUGGGACAUCAUCGUAGCCUAGUUUAAGAGUAAAAUGUCAACGCCUGGUGGAAGCCGCUGCCAAUUUCGUUAGUCGCCAAGUAACUGCUUUCCACUAAACUCUACGCUGGGCGCCAUGCGGUUCCUCUGCUUUCUUCUAGCGGCCGCUCUUCUGGUUACCACCCAUUCAGACUCGAGGGCUUCUUCUCGAUCCGCUAAAGACGAAAAGCAGUUGAAUUUGGCAAACACCCUUCAUCACGUUUUACGAGAGAAGUUGGAAGAAGUGCGCGAGAUAAUACUUCACGGCCAUUCGGGAACGGAUAUCCCGCCGCUGGACCCUUUCUUAAUCGAUUCUAUGUCCUUCGUGGUUCGAGAGUCCACGGGUUUUGUCAACGUAACCCUAGAAAAGACAGUGGUGACGGACUCGAGGGCUUCUUCUCGAUCCGCUAAAGACGAAAAGCAGUUGAAUUUGGCAAACACCCUUCAUCACGUUUUACGAGAGAAGUUGGAAGAAGUGCGCGAGAUAAUACUUCACGGCCAUUCGGGAACGGAUAUCCCGCCGCUGGACCCUUUCUUAAUCGAUUCUAUGUCCUUCGUGGUUCGAGAGUCCACGGGUUUUGUCAACGUAACCCUAGAAAAGACGGUGGUGACGGGUCUGGGCGACUUCAGGAUCAAAGACGUGGCCAGCAACUUCGACAGCAUGAGGACCAGCGUGUCCAUGAACUGCCCGGAGAUAAAAAUACUUUCCAGUUACAGAAUAAAAGGUUAUCUCCAUCCUCCCCUCUCCCAGUCCAUCGGCGACGUGGGAAGGUUCGAAGCGGUCCUGAAAAACUUCGACACCAGUUGGUCGGCUAAAGUCAAAUUUGGGAAGAGGGAAGACGACAUUGUCCUGGUUCAGACGUCGCUUACCAGUUUUUACGAUCGCGCCGUCAAGAAAUUCCGAAAUUUGGCCAAGAAACCCCUGCUGACCAAAGCGGAGGAUCUGUUAGGGGAAGUGGGCGAUUCCAUAAUCGAAAGGAUACAAAAUUACAUCGAAGAUAACCUCUACAGAUCCGUGCAGCAAAUUAUAAACAAAGGAGCUAGCACCUCGUUCGGAGAGCUGAUCGACGAAGUUCAGACGCAAAGUUCCGGUAGGGUCAAGAGGCAGGUGCCCUGCGAAAACGGCCAAGACCUGGACGAAUACGUGGAUACCCUGCUGAGAUUCGGCAGGAGGUUGAUCAGAUUGAUGGAGCCCUUCCGUUUCCCCAACACGUCGGUCAAAGUGGAAGACUUUCAGAUCUUGAUCUUCCUGUACAAUGGCGGAGUGAGGGGCAUAUCCACGGUGGAACGUCGAAAAUCCGCCUACGUUAUGUGCAAAAACGAAUCUAUAACGCUGGGCAUCGUGCUGGGAUUCGAGCAAUUAAAAGUGCAAGCCCGUUACAGGGUGAUGAAGGACUACAGGACGCUUCUGUUCAACGGUGACGCCGACAUUCGGGUGACGGGCACCGAGGCCCUGGUACAGAUAACGCAGAUGAUGAACGGCGUGGCCCGGCAAAAUUUGGACAAACUCAAGAUCAGGCGAUUGGGCGAAAUCCGAGUGCUUCUCAGAGGGUUGGGUAAUUUAACUUCCGCACUAUCCAUGCUUUUAACGCAACAAUUAAACGAAGAUCCCCAGUCAAUUAUCAACGUGGCCGAAGCUCAGGUGGCUUCCAUGAUAAGGCAACAAUUGACCAACGUCACCAUACCAAUUUUCUCCAUUGUUUAAAGUAUUCUUCCGGUAAGGAUCGAAAAUCUCGCGUUUUAAGGCAUUAUACAACGAAUAAAUGUGUAUAAAUAUAUCUUUCGUAAUAUCGAAUAAAAAUUAUAUAUAAAUAUAUUUUAAUUUCGUACGAACGAGAUGGUUUCGUCGGUAAUUUAUUAUAAAGAAAUCGAAGAGAAAUCUACGGAAACCUCGAUUUAACAAU